UGGUUCAAUAAUACGGAAGUCAUUGCAUUAACGUCAUCUGCCGCUUGAAGUUGAACCUCCGUGCUGUUUUGUCAACAUACAUGACCAGGUCUUCGUUCAGGUUGAGCCACCCAACUUUUUCAACCAUGAAAAGGAGAGCUGAUCAGCUCAAAACCCUGCUUCUCGACGCCUCCCAUUUUAUUAUAUAUCCUUCUCCAACAAUACCCUUCUCUCAUAGCAGUUUUACGUGUUCAUGUUUAUCCUCUCUUACCCUCGAUCGCCCACCUGUGAGAGUAGCAGAGCAGAAAGUCGAUGAAGUUAGCCUAUUGAAUAAGUGUCUUCAAUUUCUUUUCUUUUGCAUUCCAUCCAUCCAUCCGUCAAAUAGUUCAUAGAAACAUUGGUUCUUUCGCAGCAGAAACAGGAAAAAGAUGAAGUUCGGGAAGGAGUUUGCCUCCCAAAUGGUCCCAGAGUGGCAGGAGGCCUACAUGGACUACGAUUAUCUCAAGACUUUACUAAAAGAUAUUCAACGUUUCAAGGAAAGAACUAGGCCUCCGGCAAGCGCCCGGCCUGGAUUAAACCGUAUGUCGACAAUGUACAGAGCCUUCAGCGGCCUAACGCAAAGGUACAACAACCUCAAGAGCCCCAUCCACAGGGACGUUGAAGAUCAAGUGAUACUUGUGAAAUCGGUUCAGGAGGGAUCAGACGGCUAUUAUAAGUCUAAUUUUCUCAUGUCCACCGAUGAAGGUGGAGAGUACGAGCUCGUCUACUUCAAAAGGCUUGACGACGAACUGAACAAGGUAAACAAGUUUUACAAGUCCAGAGUGGAGGAGGUGAUGAAGGAGGCGGACAUGCUGAACAAACAGAUGGAUGCACUGAUAGGAUUCCGGAUUAAGGUGGAAAAUCCCCCGGCGGGGAUGCUCGAUGGGUCAGCCGAGAUGGCUCGUCUUGCUUCUGAUAUUGCUACCUCUGCGGCGGCGGUGACGGCCUCCACCCCAUCUGGCGCUAGAGCCAGCACAAAGCACAUGGGUGCAAUACAAGAAGUCGAGCUGAGCAACAGAGAGGGUUCAGACGAUUCCGGUGGGUACAAUGAAAUCAGAACCAUCAAUAAUACUGUACAUGAAGUGAAACCCAACAAAAAGAAAGCCAGUAGACCAGCUCCAUUAGAUGUUCUUAACCGUGUAAACAUAAACAACACACUCGAGACCCCGCGCUCCACCAUAAAAGGCUUCCUCAAGGUUUCCAAAAACACAGAUUUGAGUUUCAGUAAAGAGAAUCUGAAGAAAAUUGAACAACAACUGAAGCGAGCGUUUGCCGAAUUCUAUCAGAAGCUUCGGCUUCUAAAAAGCUACAGCUUUAUGAAUCUCUUGGCAUUCUCGAAGAUAAUGAAGAAAUAUGACAAGAUUACUUCACGUGGUGCAUCAAAAGCUUACCUGAACAUGGUGGACACGUCCUAUUUCGGCAGCUCCGAUGAGGUUACUAGGGUCAUGGAGAGGGUUGAGGCCACAUUCAUCAAGCACUUCUCCAACUCAAACCGUACAAAAGGAAUACGCUUCUUAAGACCAAAAGCAAAGAAAGAAAGGCAUAGAGUUACAUUUUCCAUGGGUUUUUUUGCUGGUUGCACAGCAGCUCUACUGGUGGCUCUUAUUUUAAUUAUCCGUGCUCGAAAGAUUCUAGACAAGGAUGGGAGUACACAGUACAUGGAAAAUUUGUUUCCACUUUACAGCUUGUUUGGAUUCAUUGUCCUGCACAUGAUAAUGUAUGCUGUCAAUAUCUACUUCUGGAGACGCUACCGUGUGAAUUAUCCAUUUAUAUUUGGAUUCAAGCCAGGAACAGAGUUGGGCUUCCGUGAAGUUUCCCUAGUCAGCACGGUUCUUGGGGCACUAGCACUCGGCAGUGUUCUCUCAAACCUGGACAUGGAGAUGGAUCCAAAAACUAAAGACUACAAGGCUUUCACUGAACUGCUCCCUCUGGGAUUACUCACUCUCAUAAUUGUGAUCUUAUUUUGCCCCUUCAACAUCAUAUAUCGCUCAAGUCGCUACUUCCUCCUACAAUGUGCAUUCCAUUGUCUUUGUGCUCCUCUGUACAAGGUUAGCCUCCCGGAUUUUUUCUUGGCAGAUCAGCUAACCAGCCAGGUCCAAGCCAUUAGAAGCCUGGAGUUCUAUAUCUGCUACUAUGGUUGGGGAGACUACAAACACAGAAUCAACACUUGUAAAACAAGUGGAGUGUACAACACUUUCUAUUUCAUUAUAGCAGUGAUACCUUAUUGGUCCCGCUUCCUUCAAUGUCUUCGACGUUUGUACGAAGAAAGGGACCCAAUGCAGGGAUACAACGGGCUGAAAUACUUCUCAACAAUCGUGGCCGUUGUUAUGAGGACAGCUUACGGUCUAGACAAGGGAAAGGGUUGGAGGGUGAUGGCCGGGAUCACGUCGGCCAUUGCAGCAAUCACUAGCACAUACUGGGACCUUGUUGUCGAUUGGGGGCUUCUACAGCGCCAAUCUAAGAAUCGUUGGUUGAGAGACAAGCUCCUGAUCAAACAAAAAAGCGUAUACUUCGUAGCCAUGAUACUGAAUAUCUUGCUGAGAUUUGCAUGGUUGCAAACGGUGUUGGACUUUAAGGUGUCAUUCCUACACAGAGAAGCUUUGAUUGCAAUAGUCGCAAGCCUGGAGAUCAUUCGUCGUGGCAUUUGGAAUUUCUUCAGGUUGGAGAAUGAACAUUUGAAUAAUGUGGGAAAAUACCGUGCAUUCAAGUCAGUACCUCUCCCUUUCAACUACGAUGAAAAUGAUGAUGAUGACGAGGAAGAGAAAGACGAGUAAGCAUGCAUUUGCAUGAAUGAGAAUGGCAGAAUAAGGAAACGAUAUGUACUUACUUCACACUACAACAAUUUCUAUCUGCCAAAUUUUUGUAAAAAUUAUCAAAUACAACUAAUAUAUUGAAUUGCAGCGAGUUCAAAUGCA